AAAUAUUUCUUAUAAAUAUACUGACCAUUACAAAAUAAAAUUUAUAUAUAACAUAUGUACAUAAUAAUUAAUAAAAUAUAAUUUUAAAAAAAAUAAGUUAGCGCGCAGUGAAGGGAAGGCGCGAAUGAUUUUCUACAGGUAGUUUAAAAAUGGCGACUGACAGGUACGCGUUUUCUCGCGUGUACGGUGCCGCGACAAGAUCAGACGCGACGUGAUUUUCAUUAAAUUAAAAGCAAGAGAUUCAUUCAACAUCUUUAGUUCAAUUUUAUUUAGUGGAAUCAUUGAAUUGAAGAAACCUUACAAAUUAUGUUGCGUUUUCAUCAAUCAACACGGUGACUUUCUCUCUCGGUUACAUUGUAUUCGUGAGAUUCAGCUGCACUUAGUCUUGGCACGAUUAAGAUUUUUUGCCUUCAUCUCGUCUGUUUUUUGAACUAACAAAAAAAACGAACGAAUGAACGAACGAACGAGCAAACUUCCGCAUUCCACUGCAUUGCGAACGAAUAAGUGAACAAACGAUCACUUGCCAAUGUAAAUACAGCUGUAAAAAUUACAAACAUAUAGUCAUGGAACAUUCUGAUUUAGUAGCAGAAAUGGUACAUAUAGAAAGAUUAACAACUCAAGAAAGAUUGCAUUUAGCUCGUCUCAAAAGACUUCAGCAAUUAAAAGUAUGGCGUCAACGUGAAAAAGAAUGGAUGCGACAUCAAACUAGACAUACAAGUAAUAAACGUCAUAUAUAUUUUAGCGAUAGUGUAAUGCUUUUAGAAGCUGCAGCAAGAAAUGAUAUUGAUGAAGUGAGACGACUUCUAAAAAAAGGAGUAAAUCCAGAUUCAACAAAUGAAGAUGGAUUGACAGCUUUACAUCAAUGUUGUAUAGAUGAUAAUGAAGAAAUGAUGAAAUUAUUAAUUGAAUUUGGAGCAAAUGUUAAUGCAGAAGAUAGUGAAAAAUGGACACCAUUACAUGCUGCUGCUACUUGUGGUCACUUACAUUUAGUUAAAAAUCUCAUUGUUAGAGGUGCUAAUUUAUUAGCUGUUAAUGCAGAUGGUAAUAUGCCUUAUGAUAUUUGUGAAGAUGAAAAAACAUUAGAUUGUAUAGAAGGUGAAAUGGCAAGACGAGGUGUUACUCAAGAAUUAAUAGAUGAAACUAGAGCUUCAAUUGAAGUUCAAAUGUUAAGAGAUUUACAAAAUAUAACUUCUAUAGGUGGUGAUUUAGAAUAUAAGGAUCAUCAAGGUGCUACACCUCUACAUAUUGCAGCUGCAAAUGGUUAUUUAAGAGUAGUUGAAUUUCUUCUAGAUCAACAUGUUUCAACUGAUGUUGAAGAUAAUGAUAAGUGGCAACCAGUUCAUGCAGCUGCUUGCUGGGGUCAUUUAGAAGUUCUUGAGUUAUUAGUACAAAAUGGAGCUGAUUUAAAUGCGAAAAAUAAACAUGAUGAAACUCCAGCUGAUAUUUGCGAAGAUUCAGAAAUUAAAGAAAGAAUAGUAGAACUUAAAACAGAACAAGAAAGUAAACGAUUACGUGAAGCACAGGGAAGACGAGUACGCAGAUCUCAAAGUAUAAAUACGCGUACUCAAAGCGUAAGAAGAACUUCAAUAAGAGAUAAAGUUUUAACUACGAAAAAAGAUGCUCAAGAAGAAGCUCGACUUAGAUUACAAGCACAACAGACAUAUGGUGGUUCCACUACUAAUGUUCCACAAUCAGAAAAUGAAGCUAAUAUACGAGAAAAUAUAAGCAGUGAAACAGAUAAUAAUGCACCACCAACUGCUGUACGCAAAGCACCUGAGGGAAAGGAUAAUGAAUCUUUUCUUCAUGAAGACGUCGAUAAAGAAUCAGUGACAGGGUCCGACCCACCGGUCGGUAAUCAGCAGCAGAUCUACGCAUCAGAUGGUGACACCAACGGCAAGAUCAACAUACACGUCUCGGUAGUUUUUGUCAAAUCAUUAUCGGACUUGAAGAAACAAAGAGCACAGAAUCGGCAUAUAUCUGCUGGAUCGAUAGAUGCCAAUGGAAAUGGUAUUCCUGUAUCGCCUAUUUGCAGUUCAGAACUCAAUACUGGCAGAGAUUUUCAACGAUUCACCGGAAAUACCAGUGAUAUUGUCGGUGAUAAUCAUUCCGAAAAAAGUUGUUGCGCUGUCAUGUAAUUCUUUUUUUUUUUUUUUCAUCAUUUUUCUUUACAAUUCAUUUAAUUUCAUUUAAUCUUAUUCUGUAUAAUUUUAAUAUGUUUGUCAGCAUAUACUCGAAACUAUGUAUUUCUAUCAUAGAAAAUCGUAAACAUACAUACAUAAUAAUUGUAUCAAAGAAAUGAGAUUUCGAUUUUAAAAAUUAUGAAUUAACAUUUUCAUCUUAUCUUUUAAAUAUUAUAUAUUCUCAUACUUUAAAUAAUUCUAUUUAUAGUGGUUUACAUACGAUUGCAAAAGAAUAUCGUAUGGGAUCUUGAUCUUAAUGAUAUGCUUACGAAUUCGAGAUAUGAGAUUAUAUAGAUUUCUAAUAUGUAUUGUACUUAUAAGCGAAUAUUUAAAUAAUUAUUAUAAGAAAUAAUUUUAAUUAAAUUUAUAAGUUUUUUUGAAUAUGUACAGAAUUCUAUUUAUUACAGUAUAAAAAUAAUGUAUAUUUCAAUAAUUUUUAAAUUGUAAAUUACGUAAAAAAAAACACAUUUUUGCAAAUAGUAUGUAUGAUAUCGUAUAGAAUAUUUCUCGUGUUUUUUAUAAAGAUUAUAAUUAUAAAUAAUAUUUUUUAUAUUCAUUUAGAU